GAGGCUAAAGAUGGUGUGGAGCGCCUACAGGAAGAAUUUUUCAACCUGAAAUCCGAUGCGCAAGAAUAUCUCUUGGAGAAGGAGAGUCAGGAUCCAAAGAUUAUUCGAAAGUUUCAAGAUUAUCUCCUGGAAAUGCCAGUUGCAAAAAAGCGAAUUCACAUUCGGUUCUUCAGUAGAAAUGAGGAGGAAAUCCUGGAUGCUAAAACUAUACGAAAGCUCUUUGUUAUUCUCGGGCACUACUGCAACUACUCCAACUACGAGAUAAUCUUUCACGUUGUCAAGAAGUUCUGUCAUGGACUAAAGGGAAGAAUGACUAGUUAUCGUGAUUCUCUCGUUGCUUUUGAAAAGUCUACAACAGUCGAUAUCUACCUCUGUGCCAUUUCAGCUCGUCCUGGUGGUGCAAUCAUGGAAGGUUUCAUCCGCAUGACCGUGAAGCUCAACAAGCCACCCUCUGAGUGUUUGCUGUACGAAAUCCGAGAGUUGAAGGAGACCAUUCAGGAGACGGCAGCUCUGGAGUCCUAUGCCAUGUACAUCGAGAUCCCAGGGGAAGGCUCUGUACGUGUGAGCCUGCGUAUUCACGAGGCGGUUGGUUGGAUGGUGGGUGUGGUCCUCCUAACUGCCGAGUUCAGACAGGAACAUCUCCUGACAGAGGUAUCUGCGAAGAGAGGGAUUGUAGUGUAUCUUGUAGGUCUCAUGGAAUACCUGCGUGAUGAGCUGAGGUCUGGCUCCCGGAGAGGAUACCUUGAGAAAGUAAUGUCACUAAUCGACGCUGGAGUCAAUGUGAAUGUCUUUGAUUUGUAUGGGCAUGGAGAAUCUGCACUGAUAGUGGCUGCCAGGGAAGGCAGGACUGAAGUUGUUUCACUGCUACUAGAGACUGGAGCUAACACUGACCUACAGAAUAUGUAUGGAGACUCUGCACUGAUGAUGGCUGCCAGGAUGGGUAGGACUGCAGUUGUUUCACUACUAAUAGAGGUUGGAGCUAACGCUGACCUACAGAACAAGAAUGGAGACUCUGCACUGAUGUUGGCUGUCAAGUGGGGUAGGACUGAAGUUGUUUCACUGCUAAUAGAGGUUGGAGCUAACGCUUACCUACAGAACAAGGAUGGAGACUCUGCACUGAUGUUGGCUGUCAAGUGGGGUAGGACUGAAGUUGUUUCACUGCUACUAGAGGUUGGAGCUAACGCUGACCUACAGAACAAGUAUGGAAAUUCUGCAUUGACGAUAGCUGUCAGGGGGGGUUGGACUGAAGUUGUUUCACUGCUACUAGAGGUUGGAGCUAACGCUUACCUACAGAACAAGGAUGGAGACUCUGUACUGAUGAUGGCUGCCAGGAAGGGUAAGGCUGCAGUUGUUUCACUACUAAUAGAGGUUGGAGCUAACGCUGACCUACAGAACAAGUAUGGAGAUUCUGCACUGACGAUAGCUGUCAUGGGGGGUUGGACUGAAGUUGUUUCACUGCUACUAGAGGUUGGAGCUAACGCUGACCUACAGAACAAGUAUGGAGAUUCUGCACUGACAAUAGCUGUCAGGGGGGGUUGGACUGAAGUUGUUUCACUACUUGUUUCACUGGACCGUCAACAGAAUAAGGGUUGUGAGCUGCUGAUGCUUGCUUCUAAGGGAGGAGAAUUGAAGACAAUUACCGUACUGAUCACAGCUGGAGUUAAUGUUAAUCAUGUGGCUGAGGAUGGAUACUCUGCACUGAUGAUGGCUACCAGGGAGGGUAGGACUGAAGUUGUUUCACUACUGGUGAAGGCUGGAGCUAACACUGACCUGCAGAAUAAGAAUGGAGACUCUGCACUGAUGAUGGCUGCCAGGAUGUUAGUACUGAAAUUAUGUCUCUACUGCUGAAGGCUGGGGCUAACACUGAUCUGAUAAAUAAGAAUGGAAACUCUGCGCUGAUGAUGGUGGCUGCCGGGCAGGGUAGGGCUGGAGUUGUUUCACUGCUACUAGAGGCCGGAGCUAACACUGACCUACAGAAUAAGAAUGGAGACUCUGCACUGACGAUGGCUACCAGGGAUGGUAGGACUGAAGUUAUUUCACUGCUACUAGAAGCUGGAGCUAACACUGACCUACAGAAUCAUGAUGGAGACUCUGCACUGAUGAUGGCUGCCAGAGAGAGUAGUACUACAGUUGUUGCACUACUGGUGAAGGCUGGGGCUAACACUGACCUACAGAAUAAGGAUGGAGACUCUGCACUGAUGAUGGCCGUCAGCAGUUGGAGUAAGACAAAAGUUGUUCCCAUGCUAGUAAAAGCUGGUGCUGCACUGGACCUGCAGAACAAGGAAGGAGACUCAGCUGUGAUCAUAGCUACAGUUAGGUACCAUUUGCCAGUGUUGAAGGAGUUGGUCAGAGCUGGAGCUGACCUCAACCUACAGAACCAGGAGGGGUUGACGGCCCUGAUGAUAUCCUCAAGAACUGGUAGAACUGAUCUCACAGAGAUACUCCUGUCAGGAGAGAACAUCUCUCUUGAUAUUCAGAGUGUCAUUGGAUGGUCAGCUCUUUUCUUUGCUGUUGACAACGGAGAUGCAGCAACAACGAAAUUACUGCUUAAGGCAGGGGCUGACCCUUUCCUUGGAGGCCAUGGGCUUACAGCUAUGGAUGUUGCUUCUGCUAACACCCCUGCCCCUACCCAUUCUUUGUUCAGAACUCGGAGUGCUGAGGGUCGUAGGCACAGAGCUAUGCAUCGGCUUCUAAGCAAACACAUGAAGAAACCCUCAAAACAGAAAGUGUCACCAGCAGAAUCAUCUCAGGAGCAUCCAGAACCUCUGCAAUCAGCAGAAUCAUCUCUGGAGCCUCCACAAUCAGCAGAAUCAGCAGAAUCAUCUCUUGAGCAUCCGCAAUCAGCAGAAUCAUCUCUGGAGCCUCUGCAAUCAGCAGAAUCAUCUCACGAGCUAGCAGAGUCUCAAGAGUCAUCAGUAGCCACAAGACUCUCUCAGAGCCUACUAAAACGGCUGAAGAGUGGCAGACAAGCAGCAAAGCAGGCAUUUCUUCGUCUGGAGUCGAGAGUCCUGAGACCCAAUAAGAGGAAGAUUGAGCGGCCAGAGAGAGGUGGUGGAGAGGGAGAGGAGGGAGUCAGGAGACAGCAGAAACCAUACCUGCAGCCACUACCACUUGAAGAAGAGGAGUUAAGAGAUGGAAUAUUUGUCCAGACUUGCUGAGUCCUAAUUUACUUUUACUUAUUUUUAUUCUUGUUCUGUGAAUAGAAAUAAUUUUUACUUACAGAAAAACACGACCGCA